AUGGAACGUGUCUAUUCGGCUUUUUUCUCGUCUGAGCGGCGCAGUGAUCCACCAGAACUUACGGCCGCGGUACUGCAACUGCACAAUAAGACACAGAAGUCAGAAAAGCAACGAUCGCUAUUGCGUUCUGGUGUCGACGCUGACCGAAGACGCGACGAAUCGGAUAAUGACGCUGAUCGAAGACGCGACGAAUCGGAUAAUGAGGCUAAACGACACGCUUCUCUUAGACGCCAGGAAUUGCAUGACAUGGCGAUAGAUUGGAUAUGCGUUACAAAAGAUUUCAAGAUAGCUUUUCGAGCGGCAGUUAGGGCUUUUCUGCUUGCAUAUGGAGCUAAAGCCUUCACUGCUGUGUUGCUGACUAUGAGAAAGUGGAGUAGUCUCGAGUAUGGCUAUACUGAUGCAGCAAGGCUAUUGCUAAAGCAAGAUACACUCCGUUUUGCCUUUUUCGGGGGGAGUCUGGUUGGAAUAUUUCGAGUUACGGAGCUCGUGGCACGAAUAGCUCGAGGCGGUGAUCGUGAUACUGUCAACUUAGCCAUUGCCGGGGCGGUGUCUGGACUAACGUUGCUACUGGACUCGCCUUCAAGACGCAGUACAAUUUCGUUGUAUAUAUUUGUACGGAUGCUGGACAUCGUUUGUCGCCAUUUGGUGACAAUUGGUGUCAUGCCAACUUGGCGGCAUUCGACAGAGUUGCUUUUCGCUAUAAGCAAUGCUGUUCUUAUAUAUGGAUUUGUCGUGGACCCAACGGUGUUGUCGAAUAGCUACUAUCAGUGGAUUUGCCGAAUCGGGGCUGUUACUGACCACGGACUGGAAUAUGUCAUUCGUUGUCGCAUGCGUGGUGAGCUUGAUGUCCAUGGUCACCAGCUUCCGUUCCGUCUCUGUCAGCCCCACUUACACACAGAAUCGUGCAUAACACAUGCCGUUAAAAAUUGGUUUCAUGGGUUCGGGAGGUCAAUGCAAAUUUAUUUACCUGUGCACUUUCUCCCUGCGAUAUUAUUACGUUAUCAACAAAUGAAGAGAGCACCAGUGGCUACAAUUGCUCGAACUUCAUAUGCAGCGCUUCGUUCAUCAGCAUUUCUUACGUCCCACCAGACGGUGGUGAAGCUUGUCAUCUGCACAGCUCGCAAGGCUUUCCAUAAAGACUUUAUCGCAACAAGUCUGGUCGCUGGAGUUGCAACAAGUGGAGCCCUCUACUUUGAGCAUACAAAGCGUCGAUUUGAGCUCAUGUUGUACUGCUUUCCACGUGCACUUGAAAUUGUGUGGAGGCUUUUGAAACGCCAUGGUCUUCCCCGCACUUUGUUUUAA